GCUCGGGCUCGUUGUGUGAAAGAAAUGGAGCCGGCGUGACCUCGAACUGUGGGCGGUGCAGCGCUUCAGUCUGGCGGCUUCUUCAGGCAGAGCGGAGGGAGGACAGCGCGCGCACACACUCUCUAUAUCACACACACACACACACGCAGCCAAACAAGGAGCCGUAGUAGGAUGAGCAUGGAGGAGCAGUGAGGAGCUGGGACGGACCGGGACCUGUUCCCCACUUCAUCUGAAUUACUUCUCCGAGCUACGCGCGCGCUUCCCGCAACAUGGAGACUAAAGGCUGCGGGCUGCUUCUGGCUGCGCACUUUAUCCUCAUCUGCCACCAAGCUGGAGGAUAUACAUACAGAAAUCAGCGCAAGUUCUCUGAAGACAUUGACUGGUCAUAUGCGGGAACCCUUAAUCAAAAAAACUGGGCCAAGAAGUUCCCGUUAUGCAGCAGCGCUAAGCAGUCUCCCAUCAACAUCAACGAGAACCUGGCUCCAGUUAAGCUUCAGUACCAGAAACUUCGAUUUUAUGGGUGGGAGAUCCCGACGCCUGAAGGCACCACCAUCAAGAACGAUGGCAAGACAGUGGCCGUCAAUCUGGAUGGAGAGUUCUAUGUCAGUGGAGGAGGUCUGAGGUCAAAGUUCAAAGUGGGUCGCAUCACCUUCCACUGGGGGCGCUGCAAUGCCUCUUCAGAGGGUUCAGAGCACAGCCUGGAAGGCAUCAAAUCUCCUUUAGAGAUGCAGAUCUACUGUUAUGAACCGCAUCACUUUGACUCUUUAGAGGAAGCCAUCCGGGACAGAGGCAGGAUCACAGCUCUAGCUGUGCUGUUUGAGACAAGUGGUGAAGAGAACAUGAACUACGCUCCCAUCAUAGAUGGCAUCAACAGUGUGAGCAGAUAUGGAAAGAGUGCAGAGGUAUCGCCGUUUACCCUGCAAGGUCUCCUGCCCAACUCCACCGAGAAAUACUUCAUCUACAACGGAUCCCUGACCACCCCCCCAUGCAGCGAGACUGUGGAGUGGAUCCUAUUUAAGAACAAGGUGACCAUUUCUGAGGAGCAGCUGGAGAUGUUCUGUGAAGUGAUGACGAUGCAACAGGCUGGAUAUGUUAUGCUGAUGGACUACCUGCAGAACAACUACAGGGAUCAGCAGGAGCAGUUCACGGGUCAGGUGUUCUCCUCCUACACCGGCAUCGAGGAGGUCCAAACGCCAGUGUGCAGCUCAGAGCCUGAGAGCAUCCAGGUAGCUCCCCAUAACCUCAGCAGUAUGCUGGUGGUAUGGGAGCGUCCCCGGGCAGUGCACGACACCAACAUCGAGAGAUACUCCAUCACCUACCGGCUGGCCAAUGCAAAAGAGUCUGCCUUCUCCGAAUACCUGACUGACGGAUACCAGGAUACGGGGGCAAUACUUGAUGACCUGUUGCCCAACAACACCUACGAGAUCCGUGUGGUGGCCAUCUGCUCCAAUGGCCUGCGUGGACGUGUGAGUGACUCGCUGACAGUUGUCAUGCCCAUCGACGACCCCGAAGACGCUCUGGAUCCAGGUUCUGAAGAAACUGACUUUGAGGACUAUAAUGAGCCUGACUUCUCCUGGAAUGAGGUGGACCCAACUGAGAACAACUAUUUGGAACGGGUUCUUUCAAAUUCACCCAGGACUACAACAUCAGCACCACCUUUGUUUCUCCUGCCUGGAAGUCGAACUCCGACAGGAAAGUCCAGUGAGGGAGCCACCAUUGAACCGGCUGUGAUAGCGAGCCAGUCUGCUGACGUUUUAAGGCCUUCGGAGGAGAUGGAGAAGCACAGUACUUCCUUACAACCACCAGAGGAUGCCAGAGAGGGUCCGGGUGUUGGAAGCAACAGUCUCUUCUAUUACGGAACAGAAGAUCCACUCACUUCAAGUACUACCCCUCCGCCCCUCCCCUAUACAGACACAGAUGGAGGCCUUGAUGGGGAAAGUUCAUCUGAAAAAGGAAGAAGCGGUUUAAGCACCUACCCUGUAGCCCCUGACAUGCAGGCAGAAGCUACCAAGGCUGUUUCUCAGCAUCCAGCCACAGUGUCCCCUACUGACCAAGACAAUGGUGGAACAUCACCGUCCGCCUUCAUGCCAGCAGAGACCCAAGCCGUAAACCCGGACAGCACCAGAGAUUCUCUUCAGGUGGAGAUAUCGGCCUCCACAGAAGGUGUCCACCAUCGAGCCACAAGCUCCAGCCUUCCUUCUUUUUCCUCCACAGCUCCCUCUGUCAUGCUGAGUGGCAUUGUGGUGGAAGCCACGCAGUCGCUGUCAAACGGUGAGAGCAGCUCUGUCUUCCCCUCCUCCUCCCCUCUGUGUGACUCCUUGGAUCCGAGCGCAGCUCCUUCUGCUCGCUUGCAUGACUCCUCCUUCCUGUGGCCUGUGUUGUCAACCAGUAAUCCAGACUCCCAGCAUGCUGCCACUGGGUCUCUGUCUAGCAAAGAACUGGCUCCUACUUCUACCCCCCUCCUCCUGUCUUCCACCCUGCCUCACCUCCCUCACCCCUCAGCCUCCCUGCCUGGUCCCACGGUGAACUCUUUGUCCUCUGACCUUGGGUUUGGGGGUAGAGAUAAUGAUGUUUUGUUGUCUGGGUCUUCAGGUGAUUUCUCUGUACUCGGUAAAACCCCUCCACUCGAAACAGUUUGGGACUUGGCACACUCCAGUGUCUCAGCUGAACUGUCCGACUCGAUGGAUGUUUCCUCCUCAAUUCUCUCUCUUUCUUUCAGCCCUUCCUUGCAGCCUUCAGUUCUGUUUUCUAGGGAUUUCACUUAUUCUGUUGCUAUUCUGGGCUCGUCCGAACCGAAAACAACCGGCUUCCAGGACUCCAGGUUUGCCAAAGGCAGCAUGACUGAGUCUGUAGUUCCUGAGUUCAGUGGUGAUGGGUUUCUCCUAGCAAGCGACGUGGAGAUGGUGUGUGGCUGUUCUCUUGAGACGUCGGUACCUUCAUCCUGGUUGCAUACCUCUGCACAUGCACCACUGCCAUCAUCAGCCAAGAGCUCCACUGGUUUGGGAUUUUAUUCCAGCUUGGUUCUGCUUCCAGCUUCUAGUGUUGAAGUAGAAACCUUUCCAACAUCACUAGAAGGUGUGGGCUUUCCUGGCCUGUCUUUGGACCACUCUCUGCAGUCACAUAGUGCCAGCUCACUAUCACUGUCCUCUCCUCAGCUUCUCCAGCCCACCCAUAGUCACCAUCGUCUUUCUGUUACAGCCACAUUUUCUGCUGCUACGGAUUCUGAUCUGUCAGCACCAGAGAGCAGCACCCCCUCUCAAACCUCUGCUCUCUACUUCCCAACAAACACCUCUCCGUUUACCCAGACUCCAGAGGAGCAGGUGUCUGACUUUAGCAGCAGCACCUCCGGCUCGGCUUUCCUCCCCGACUCCCAGGAAGGAGUAGACCAGGAGUGGGAAAAGGGUCAAACAUCAGCCUCCGGCAUCAGCCCCCUCCCUCAUUUAACCAAAGUGGUGAGCUCUCUCCCUCCCUUCAUGACCCUGGAAUCGGGUCAGAAUCCAGAUGAUGUGGAAGAACACUCCUCAGCCUUUUAUUUUGAAAGCGGCAGCGCCAUUGAUCCAGAAGUGGAAGGUAAAGCGGCGCCGACCGCUUCAGAGGUGACCUCAGGUUCAACCUGGCCCCUGGGGGGGCCGGAGGACAGCGGCUCAGGGCAAGCCGAGGGUCUCGGGGACAAUGAGACAUCCUCUGACUUCAGUAUUUCAGGACGCCCAGAAACAGAUCCUGAGGAGGAAGAGCCUGUUUCAGAUGCCAGUAACAGCAGCCAUGAGUUGAGGGUGGGCUCCAUGGGGGAGAGAGAGAGGAAAGCUGUGGUUCCUCUGGCCGUCAUUUCGUCUCUCACUCUGCUGGGCCUGGUGGUCCUCAUGGGCAUCUUCAUCUACUGGAGAAUGUGCUUCCAGACGGCUCACUUUUACAUUACCAGCAUGUCAUCACAGCGAGACAUCACACAGUCGACUGCUGCACUACCGUCUGAUGGAGCCAGAGCUUUUCCAGUGCAGGAGUUUGUUCAACACGUGGCUGAACUUCACAGCACUCAGGGCUUCCAGGCAGAGUUUGAGAAUCUGACAGAGAGUUACCAGGAGGUGCAGGCAUGCACCGUCAACAUGUGGAUGACCACGGACGGCUCCAACCAUCCGGAUAACAGGACUAAGAACAGAUACAACAACAUCUUGGCUUACGACCACAGCCGAGUCCAACUCUCCCCACAAGUCAACAAAGAUGGGAAAUCCUCCGAUUACAUCAACGCCAACUAUGUAGACGGAUAUAAGAGGCCGCGGUCAUACAUUGCUGCUCAGGGCCCUCUCAGAUCCAGCACUGAGGACUUCUGGAGGAUGAUCUGGGAGCAGAAUGUCCACGUCAUUGUCAUGAUCACCAACCUGGUGGAAAAUGGACGGAGGAAGUGUGACCAGUACUGGCCAGAAGAAGCGGAGGAGGAGUACGGGCGCUUUCUAGUGGCAGUAAAGAGCACCAAAGUCCUGGCUUACUACACACAGAGGACCUUCAGCGUGAGGAACACCCUCAUUAAAAAGAGCUCAAAGAAAGGUUGGAACAACGAGCGAACAGUGACACAGUACCAGUACACCCAGUGGCCUGAUAUGGGGGUCCCAGAGUUGUCUCUGCCUCUUCUCAGCUUUGUUCGCAAGUCCUCCAGAGCCAAUUCAGAAGAAACGGGUCCUAUGGUGGUGCACUGCAGCGCCGGGGUCGGCAGGACGGGAACUUACAUCGUCCUGGACAGCAUGCUGAGGCAGAUGGAGGACGAAGGAGCGCUGAACGUUCUGGGCUUCCUGAAGCACAUCCGCACUCAGAGGAACCACCUGGUUCAGACUGAGGAACAGUAUAUCUUCAUCCAUGAUGCUUUGGUGGAAGCCAUCAUGUGCGGAGAGACGGAGGUGGAGGCCGCCCGCCUGCACGGCUACGUGGACGAGCUGCUGACUCCAGGGCCUUCUGGGAGGACGCGCCUCGACAAACAGUUCAGGCUGGUGUGUCACACCGAGGCCAGGAAAUCAGACUUCUCCGCCGCCCUGCAGGACAUCAACUCCACCAAGAACAGAGACGUCUCUGUGAUUCCCGCUGAGAGGUGGCGGGUGCGUCUGUCCACGGCGGCUGGAGAGACGUCAGACUACAUCAACGCUUCAUUCGUCUCUGGCUACAGACUGAACAAAGAGUUCAUCAUUACCCAGAAUCCUUUGCGUGGAACCGUAAAGGACUUCUGGAGGAUGAUCUGGGAUCAGAACAGCCAGGUCAUCAUCUCGCUUGCCGGGACAGAGGAGGGGGCGGAGCCUUAUGCCUUCUAUCCCUCCGGUGAUCAAACCCUCAGCCUGAACACGUUCACCGUCACCCAGAGGAGCGAGGCGCACAUCUGUCUGUCCAACGAGGACCUGCUGGUGGUCCGGGAAUACACCCUGGCAGCAGUAAAGGAUGACUUCGUUUUGGAGGUCAAGCAUUUCCUGGCCCCCUGCUGGCCAAACCCUGACGGUCCCAUCAGUAACAGCUUUGAGCUCAUCAGCCUGAUGAACGAAGAGAGGAGUGGAAAGGACGGCCCCACUGCGGUCCAUGACGAUGUGGGCGGAGCCACAGCGGGGACGUUCUGUGCUCUGUCCUCCCUGAAGCAGCAGCUGGAUGCUGAAGGCUCAGCAGAUGUUUUCCAAGCAGCCAGACUGACAAACCUUCUGAGGCCAGGAGCGUUCAGCGAUGUCGAGCACUACCAGUUCCUCUACAAAGCCCUGCUGAGCCUCAUCGGGACGCAAGAAGCUGAGAAAACCGACAACGAAGCCGCCGCCGCCGACAGCCUGGAGUCUCUGGUUUAGAGCCGCCCUGAUGCCAUCAGCUGCUCUUCCUGUUUUCCAGCUGUGACAGGAUCUCUGCAGACCGUGAUCCUCCUCCUGCUUCCAGACUCGGCGCUUUAGUUCCAGACGGGCUGAUUUGAUGAAUUCAGACUCUUUUUCUAUGGCGUGCCUUUUGUAUUCUUCCUCCUGUAGUUCAAACUUUGACACAUUUUCUACAUUAACUGUCCUGAUUUUCUACUAAACUCUUUUCUGGACGUAUUUAUUGGCGCCUCGCCUGAAGAGGGAAGCUGCAGCUGAUCUUUCCACUGAUGCUGGGAAUGCCGUUGCCACCGGAAACAAACCAGACCACGAUACGGAAAAUAAAACAAUCUAAUGUAAAUGAUAAUAUAGUAAUCACUUUGAUGGACCAAAUUUCUAUUUAUGCUUCUAGAUUUUCUAUUCUUAGUUCUUACAAAUGGUUUUAUUGUGACUGUUUAGCUGAUUAAUGUUUUUAUACUCGGUUUUGUAAAGGACUAAAUGUGCUGCAUGAGUUUACUGACAUGGUAGUUUUUUUAGUUGGUGAAACACGACUGGAUUCUCAGUUAGGGGAUUAAAAAGUGAAAAAAAA